AUGCCUCCGGACGUCGGUGACAACGACGCUGGCCAGUCGGCUCACGACUGGCACGAUGAUGCUCCAUCGCCGUCAGCGAGCAUCAAGUCCGACAACGAUCUUGACGAAGACGGCAACCCACAACCUGGCGCGUCAUCCCAACCGAUUCAGAAGCGACGACGAGUAACGCGCGCAUGCGAUGAAUGCCGACGGAAGAAGAUUAAAUGUGACGGCAAGCAACCAUGCACGCACUGCUCCGUCUAUAGUUAUGAAUGCACGUACGAUAAACCUUCAAACAGGAGAAGAAACCCGGCCCCACAGUACAUCGAAGCCCUGGAAAGUCGACUGCAACGCGCCGAGUCUCUACUUCACAAAUUUAUGCCCGAUGUCGACCUUGCCGACCCGAAUCUUGAUCCAGCAAUUCAGCAAGAAUUCCGUAAUCGCGAAAAUGCUCGUGCCCAAGCCUCCAAGGCUCGACAGCCUCCUCCACCACCACCACCCCAGCCUGAGCAGAAUGAAGCCCAUCUGACUUCGAUGAUCGAUUCCGUUGGCCAACUUGAUAUCGACGAGAAGGGAAGUUUGGAAUUUCAUGGCAACUCCUCAGGCGCUGUGUUCUUGAAACGUAUGAAGGAUCAUUUCAGAGGAAUGCUUGGUUCGUCCUCAAAAGCUCCGUUUCUGCCUCGUGCCGAACGACCGGCUGGUCUGGAGUCGCCUUCAUUAUCUUCGGUCGGAACACCCUUCUCAGCAGUUCCAAGCUACCCAGAGCUCCCGCCAAAGGAUGUUGCCCGGAAGCUGUGCUAUUAUUCCCUCAGCUGCGCGACAUGUCUCGUCCGAAUCCUUCACGUUCCCACUUUCUACGAGCAAAUGGACAAGAUUUACGAACGACCAUUGGAUAAUCUAACAAAGGACGAAACGCAAUAUCUUGGACUAUUAUUCUCCGUCAUGUCUCUUGGGUGUAUGUACAACAAUCUCGACGAUAACGACCCAGGAAGCAUGCCCUAUCAGGAUGCGACAGAAGAGGGUCUCAAAUACUACAAUGCUGCGCGAUCGGUAUUACACGAUGUGACCGAUUGUCGCGACCUUAUUUCACUACAAGCUCUUCUAUUCAUUAUUCUUUUCCUCCAAGCCACCUCGAAUCUCAGCAGCUGCUAUUCCUUCGUUGGUAUUGCGCUGCGCUCGUCACUCCGAAUAGGCCUUCAUCGACACUUGCAGCACGAAAAAAUCGAUCCGAUCGAGCAGGAAGUCCGGAAACGUGUGUUCUACGUGGUUCGACAAAUGGAUAUCUAUGUUUCUACAUUACUUGGCUUUCCUCUCCUCCUUAACGUGGACGAUAUCGAUCAGCCAUUCCCCUUGGAAGUUGACGACGAGUUUAUUACACACACCGGAAUUUUGCGACCACCGCCUGGAUCACCAUCUUUCUUCCAAGCGUUCAACGCCCAUUCAGAACUCAUGGAAAUCUUGGCAAAGGUUACGAAAUACGUCUAUCCAACCAAGGGAUUGGGCCAGACCGCUGCAAAAGACAGCAAACCUGCCUCCACCUAUCUAAUUAGUUAUGGCCGCAUCAAGGAAAUUGAAGCUGAGCUUCAUUCUUGGUUUGAGAGGCUGCCUCAGCAUUGGCGCCCAAGCGGUGAGGGGCCAAUUGAGACGGUUCGAAUCCGUCAUUUGUUGAGAUUUGCCUAUGCACAUGUCCAACUUGUGCUAUACCGACCGUUCUUGCACUACGUCUCUCCUCGUUUGAGUCACGGAAGCAAGGUCGAUGAGCUAUCAUAUGCUUGUGCAGCCGCAGCAAUCAGCGUCUCUCGUAACAUUGUGCAUAUUGGAUUGGAAAUCCGCAAACAGCGGGUUCUCAGUGGACCGUACUGGUUCAUGCUGUACACUGAGUUCUUUGCCGUCCUGUCCCUUGUGUUCUAUGCUACAGAAAACCCCGAGAAACCCGGUUCCGGCGAGGUUCUAGCAGAUGCUCGAGCUGGAAGACAAAUGAUUGCAGCCCUGGCGGAGAAGAGCAUGUCGGCCGAACGAGUUACCAGUGCCCUCAAGGCUCUAUUUGAUCAAUUACCAGAGCAAUUGGAUGCUGGAGCGAUGCGACAAGCACCUUCAAAGAAAAGACCCGCCCCUACAGGACGGCCUUCCUCUGUUUCGUCUCAUCACACUCCAAUUCCUGCAAGCAUGUCCUCGAUAGGAACGACAGACUUCACUCGUGCAAGCCAGAUGUCAACAAGUUCCUAUCCUACAACCUUGUCCCAAGGAACGAUGGAUCUGCCCGGAGGAGGCAUGACAGCCUUCCAAGAUAACACUUUCUCAGCCAACUUUGGUGAUUUCAUGUCUCCCGAUUUGCAACGAAGCACCCCAGAGUCGACAAGCAGCGCGGCGACAAGUACUCAGCGCUACCCCUACGCAGGACAGCAAAUGGGUAUGCACAACCCUGUCAACAAACUCGACUCGCUCAUGUUCCCGUCCGAGGAUCCUUUUGCCUAUCCGAACCAACCUAUGAUGGAACUGGGAUUCCCGGGCAAGACAGACCAACCCACGACUAUGGGAGACCAGAACCAAGAUAUGCAACUCUUCUUGACUGGAACUUUCGACGACGUGGAAAGCCAGAUCUUUGGACAACCACCGCCCUACAUGAUGCACCAGCAGGGCCAGCCCAUGAUGAGUGCACCGAGCCACCAACCGAUGUUCGCCAGUCCAUCAGCCAUAAUGGGAAUGCAGCCCGGUCAACCGAUGAUGCAGCAACGGCGACCAGUGUCACAAACGCACGCAAUUCAUCAAGGGCACGCCAUGUCAAACCGACGAGCGCACGCACAGCGGCAUCAAGAAAGGCAAAUACAACAAAUGUUUACGGAACAGGGCAUGCAGGCGGAUUGGGGAGGCUUCUUUGGCUCUGGAAGAGGAGGAUUCCAAGGAAUGUAA